AUGCCGAUUGCCAUUAAAAUCCCGAAAGCCUUCAAGAAGGGAAGCUUGACCGUGGUGAAGUACAAGGACGGGCGAAUCCUCCUGAAGUCCAAUGGAAUGCUGUACGAGGUCGUGGCUUUUCCUCUGGAAAUUCCAAAGUACGUGAUAAACGCCGAGGGAAAAACGAUAGAAAAAGUGGACACCCGAGGCAUCAUCAAAAGGCCCAUCAAGUAA